AUGCCCCGAGGUCUGAACUACAUCAAUCAGUUGAGCCCGGAAUACAUCAGUGCACUCGUGGAUACGGUACAUCAGCAUCAGAUAGACCCUCUGCGCGAUGCCAUCGCCAAACACGUCGAAUUCGAGACGUCACUGCGUGUGCAUAUGUCGCAUGAGACCCGACAAUACGUCAUCCGUAAAGCACAUACCUCGAUCGUAAUCUGUGGCUGGGAUAAGUCCAAAUGGGUAGGCUGGGCCUUCGUCAAUGCGUCUCUAAACCCAAAGCUUAGAGAAGAUGAAGAAGACGAUGGCGAAGGACAGGAAGACGAACCUGAAGACGUAGAAGAGGAUUACUUUGCUGUCGAUGGAGACGGCCGAACGUGUUCGAUCCGGGAUGCGAACGUGCCCAUCUGGAAUCCGCGACGGUAUUGGCUGCGCAUAAUUGAGCUUCGUGUUCUCCGAAUUCUGGAAGAGUGGGUAUUGCUCGUUCGAUUUGUUGAGAAGGGCGUUGAGGCUUGGGUGGGUAUACCAGAAAGUAAAAGGGUUGAUCACAGCUGA